AUUAGAUUGAAGCGUCCGCGAGUUUCGAUGAAUUUCGUGUUGAGUUUUCAGAGCCGGUGGAUGAAUCGAAAUAAACAACGUAACAAACAUACAAGGGAUUAAAAUUUAUCUUGAUAAUUAUAUCGUAAAUAUUUAAAAAAUGAGUCGACGAAAAAGGGCAAAGGUUGAGUAUCGGGAAAUGGAGGAAAAGUAUAACCAACUGGAGGACGAGAACGCCUCUGACACUUCGGAAAAAUCGAAAACUGGCGUCGGGACGCCAGAGAAAAAAAUCCUGGCCGAGCCUCAGAAAAUUGUUGAGGUCGCUCCGCCUCCUACAGCAAUGCCAACUUCUUCUGGAACUAAACCAGAACCAAAGGAAGAAGAAGAGCAGGAUAGUGAUCACGAAGAUCCACAUGUGAAAGAACUACUCAAUGGGUUGGAAGGAGCAGCAUUUCAAAGUCGUCUUCCUUUCGACAAGCUCACUUCUACCGAGGCGGCAUGCUUCCCUGAUGUUUCCUCUGGUCCACCGCAAACACAGAAAGUUUUUCUUCACAUAAGAAAUAGACUGCUACAAUUGUGGCUCGAGAAUCCCAAGCAGCAGCUUAUCAUAGAGAAUGCUUUGCCUGCGAUCGAACCGCCUUACAAUAGUGACAGUGUACUUACUCGGAGAAUUCAUGCCUUUCUUGAACGACACGGUUUCAUUAACUUUGGAGUUUUCAAGCGUCUCAAGCCAUUGCCUAACAAAAAAUUAGGCAAAGUAAUAGUUAUUGGAGCAGGAAUAGCUGGUUUGGCUGCUGCACAGCAGAUGCAGCAAUUUGGCCUGGAAGUUAUAGUUCUAGAAGCACGCGAUCGUGUUGGAGGAAGAAUAGCCACGUUCCGAAAGUCUUCCUACAUUGCAGAUUUGGGAGCGAUGGUUGUCACCGGUCUUGGUGGCAAUCCUGUCACAACACUCAGUAAACAAAUUAAUAUGGAGUUACACAAAAUACGCCAAAAGUGCCCUUUGUACGAGAGUGACGGCCAAACUGUACCGAAAGACAAGGACGAAAUGGUCGAAAGGGAGUUCAAUCGUUUGUUAGAAGCAACUUCGUAUCUCUCGCAUCAAUUGGAUUUUAAUUACGUCGGGAGUGCUGGUUCCGGUGGACAAGGAGGCAGCACGAGGCCCGUUUCUCUUGGACAAGCACUCGAGUGGGUUAUUCGUCUACAAGAGCAGGGUGUCAAACAACGACAAGUUGCACACUUACGAUCAGUCCUUUCGCUUCAAGGAAGACUCAUAGCUAAUCAGCAUAGAAUGAUCGCUAUAAAAGACCGUUUGGCCGAGUUGAACAAACAACACAGAGAAAUGUCCGAGAGUAAACUUCAGUCUCGAGACAUAACUCAAGAAUUCGUGUUGCGUUCGAAACUUCGCGAUCUUCACAAUGCUUGCAAGGAAUGGGAUCAGCUCGCUGAGCAGCAGAAGGAAAUAGAAGCGAAGCUGCAGGAAUUGGAAGCGGCUCCGCCGAGUGACGUGUAUCUCUCGUCGAAGGACCGUCAAAUACUAGACUGGCAUUUUGCAAAUUUGGAGUUUGCAAACGCGACAUCGUUGUCGAAUUUGAGUUUGAAGCACUGGGACCAGGACGACGAUUUCGAGUUUACUGGGAGUCAUCUAACCGUGCGUAAUGGCUACUCGUGCGUCCCGGUCUCACUCUCCGAGGGAUUGGACAUCCGAUUGAAUGUCGCAGCAAGAGCGGUGCGUUACGGCGUCAACGGAGUGGAAGUGUGGGCCGCACCUUCUCGCAGUCCCCACGCCAAUCCGACUGUCCAUAAGGCUGAUGCAGUUCUCGUGACACUUCCUUUGGGAGUACUUAAAGCGUCUGCGCCACCCUCCGCGGUGGCAUUCAAUCCUCCGCUUCCAGACUGGAAAGCCCAAGCAAUUCAGCGACUUGGCUUCGGCAAUCUUAACAAGGUUGUAUUGUGCUUCGAGCGUAUUUUUUGGGACCCGACUGCCAAUUUGUUCGGACAUGUCGGUAGUACAACUGCCUCUCGGGGCGAGCUCUUCUUGUUCUGGAAUUUGUACAAGGCACCUGUGCUACUGGCGCUUGUUGCUGGCGAAGCAGCCUGCGUCAUGGAAAAUGUUAGCGACGACGUUAUUGUUGGCCGUUGCAUUGCAGUGCUCAAAGGAAUUUUCGGCAAUCAGGUAGUACCGCAACCGCGGGAAAGUGUCGUAACAAGAUGGCGGGCGGAUCCUUGGGCUCGAGGAUCUUACAGUUUUGUGGCGGUAGGAAGUUCCGGAAGUGAUUACGAUCUCCUAGCAGCUCCGGUAGCUCCACCAGCGCCACCUAAUCAACCCCCAGGAACUACGCCACCUCAGCCGAGAUUGUUCUUUGCCGGGGAACACACGAUACGAAAUUAUCCUGCAACAGUACACGGAGCAUUCCUCAGUGGUUUGCGCGAAGGUGGACGUAUAGCUGAUCAAUUGUGUGGAAGUCCUUACGCGCCACCAAAUGUGCCGAAUUCUGGUGCGACGACGACUGGAAAUGCGACGGCGACGGCGAGUUCCGCGACCGUGACUUCAUGAUAUGAUUUUAUUCCUUAACCUACGUAAUUCCUUGACCAGUCGUAAUAAGAUUGUCGAUUUAUCAUUUGUGUGUGAAUUAUAACGGCGAUGAUGCCUAAAAAAUUCGUCUGAUGCACGAAGACUUUGACUCCUCACUUUAGUAUUCGAAUGAAAAAAAAAAAAAAAAAAAAAGAAGAAAACGAACAAAAAAUGAACGUGUAAUUACGAAUGAUCGCAUCGGCUCUCAUUAUUUCAUCCUAUGAAUAAAGAAUCAUUCUAUUUCUUCGUA